UGGGAGAAGAUCCAGGUAAAGGUGAGCCACGGGCCUAAAACCAAUUGAGUUUGAACGAUGAUGCUCCCUUCGCUACUUUUCUGCCAGUUCAUCGUUCAAUUCCCUCCUGUCCGAAAUCUCCAUUGAUAUACGAGUCGUAAAGCGGCUCUGGAGAGAGAAACAAAAGCCGAGGAAGCAAUGAUAACGCGAUCGAAUCUGGCAGAGCAGUUGAGAGAAUAUCAGAAUCGAUCCAAGCACCAUUGGGCUUCCGUAUCAUUCUUCUCUUCCACUUCUAAUCUCCCUUCUUCGAGGGUUGAUGUUGCGAUCUUUGUAAUAUGGGAACUUACCAUUCUUGCUUUCCUGGUCUUUUCAGCAGUUUCUUUAUAUUUUAGGCAUUUGCAGCUUGCUUUUAUCUUAGUAUGCAUCACAUUGCUAUUGCUUUUUUGCAUGAAAAUUACAAAACAAGUGAGAUUGGCUAGGAAAAAGAAACGAAGGAUGCUACUUCCAUUGUCUAUGUAAAACCACAAGUUAAAAACAUUUUUAAGCAAUCCAACGUUGUUCUUCGUGUAAAUCGUGAGAAUUGUUGGCUGUUGCAUUUGGUUUGACCUCUUUUUGGUUUAUUGGUGUGUAGUUGCACCUAGAGCAAGUUGAUUAAAGAAUAUGAUUGAUGUGAUUUUUCUAACAAUUACUGAUGAAAUGAAAGUGGUGUCUUAUUACCUCUGAAGAGGCGAAGUUGCAAUGUUUCAACAUGCAAUUGAAUGAGCACCAGGUUGUUCAA